AUGGUGACCUUUGACCUGUAGAUAGGGAGGAAGCAAGAUGGCGCAUGUGACUGGCGAUUGGAACCCGCUGGGCCAGGUGUUUUACAGGAAGCAGGAGAUCUACUCCAUGGGAUGGCGCGACAUCGACCUGGACAAGUUCGUGGUCGCCGCGGCGCCGUACGGCGGGCCGAUCGCGCUGAUACGGGACGAGACUAAGCUGGUGCGCGUACAAGGCAGCAUCCGCCCUGUUAUCUACAUCUACACUUCCUCUGGCAGGGAGAUCUCAUCUAUACGGUGGAACAGUGGCCAUGUGAUCCACCUGGGCUGGUCCUGCAGCGAGGAGCUGCUGUGUGUGCAGGAGGAUGGCAGCGUUCUCGUCUACGACAUCUUCGGGCAGUUCAAACGUACCUUCAGCAUGGGCACCGAAGCGAAGGAGAUGAAGGUGCGAGACUGCCGCAUCUUCAACAGCCACCAGGGCACGGGGCUGGCGGUCAUGACCAGCUCAUACCGCAUCUUCAUGGUCAACAACGUGGACGAGCCCCGCAUUCGCAGGAUGGCCGACGUGCCAGGUCUGGACGCCCCUCCCAGCAGCUGGGUGGUGAUCUCCCAGGACCGACAGUCCCGCGUGCUGCUGGCGCGGGAAAACGAUCUGUACCUGCUGGACCACGGCGGGCAGUACUCCAGACAGCUUGCCCCAGUAAGCCAGCAGGUCGAAGCGUACACAGAAAUGGCGGUCUCCUUCAACAACAAGUACCUGGCGCUGUUCACCAACACGGGGCUGCUGUGGAUAGGGUCAUCCGAUCUGGAGAGAGCGUACUGUGAGUUUGAUACCAAGUGUCCGCAAAGACCCAAACAACUGGCAUGGUGUGGUACAGGUGCUAUAGUAGGUUACUGGGAGAACAUACUGCUGAUGGUGGGCCCAGGGAAGGACUAUGUGAAGUAUAACGUAGACAGUACUGUGCACCUGUCUCACCUGUCACACCUGUCUCACCUGUCCAUUGUUCCACAGGUGUGGUACAGGUGCUAUAGUAGGUUACUGGGAGAACAUACUGCUGAUAGUGGGCCCAGGGAAGGACUAUGUAAAGUAGUGUGGUGUGGUACAGGUGCUAUAGUAGGUUACUGGGAGAACAUACUGCUGAUGGUGGGCCCAGGGAAGGACUAUGUGAAGUAUAACGUGGACAGUACUGUACACCUUGUCCCAGAGCUGGACGGACUCCGCAUCCUCAGUAACUACAGCCACGAGUUUCUGCACAAAGUUCCCAAUGGGUCCAUCGAGCCAGGUGCCAUGCUGUAUGAAGCCUCCAGAGAGUUCCAGAACGGGAGUCCGAAGGCAGACGAGUACAUCCGGAUGAUCCAGGACCGGCUGCAGGUGGCGGUGGACCAGUGCAUCCAGGCGGCAGGGUGUGAGCACGAACCGACGACGCAGAGAAUGCUACUCAGGGCAGCAUCAUUUGGAAAGUGUUUCCUGAGCGACAUGAACCCGGAACCGUUUGUGCGGAUGUGCAGAAUGUUGCGAGUGCUGAACUCGGUCCGAGACUUCACCAUCGGGAUCCCGCUCUCCUGUGCACAACUGGAGCAGCUAUCCAUGCCAGUACUGACAGACAGACUGGUCCUGAGAAGACAGUACCCGCUGGCUAUCCGCAUCUGCCAGUACCUGAAGAUGCCGGAUGCUGAGGGUGUCAGCCGCAUCCUGGCACACUGGGCCUGUUAUAAGGUGCAGCAGACACCACGUGACGAUGUAACCCGACCCCAGCUGCUGGAAUACGAGCCCAAGUCUGCGGAGCAGGUUCCUCUGCUGAUGAAGAUGGGGCGAGACCAGCUGGCCCUGGCCAAGGCUGUGGACAGCGGGGACACUGAUCUGGUCUACACUGUAGUGAUGCAUCUCAAGGAGAAGUUGACCUUGGGCGACUUCCUCAUGACGAUCCGGAACCUUCCAACGGCGCAGAGCCUCUACCUGCAGUACUGUAAGGAGCAGAACCGAGAGAUGUUGCAGGACCUGUACUACCAGGAGGACAACUUCCAGGAGUCGGCAAACUGUCGCGUCAUGGACAGCUACAACGAAACGAGGAUGGACGAGCGACUGCGAGCCUUACAGCAGGCCCAGGAGGCGUACACCAAGGCCAGGAACGAGUUCGCUGCGAAGGUGACAGAGGAGCAGGUGAGACUGCUGAAGUACCAGAUGAGGUUGGAGGAGGAGCUGAAGCGACCAUAUUUGGACCUGUCCUUACACGACACCAUCUCACAACUCACCACCGAGGGAAACCACAAGCUGGCCGAGCAGCUUCGCAAGGAGUUCAAGGUGCCGGAUAAGAGGUUCUGGUGGCUGAAGAUCCAGGCUCUAGCGGAGGGCAGUGAUUGGGCGGAGCUGGACCGCUUCGCUAAGAGCAAGAAGUCCCCCAUUGGGUAUGAGCCCUUCAUCGAUGUGUGUCUGAAGCACCAGAACAGAUACGAGGCUAACAAGUACGUCGGGCGGAUCGCCGACCCCGCCAAGGUCAAGGCUUACAUCAAGAUCGGUAACCUGGAGCAGGCGGCAGAGACAGCGAUGCAGCAGAGAAGUGAGGAGGAUCUGAACCUGGUGCUGAGUAAGUGCACCUCCUCACAUCGUGUCCUGGCUGAGAAGAUCAGCACCAUGAAGGCACAGCUCUCCAGCAAGAAAUAACGUCUUAAAGGCGCAACAAAAUAGAUAACAUACAAGAAAACAAAAUUAUGGGCUGAAUGAUAAAUAUUAACUUGAAAGUUCAUCUGGGCUCAGCCUGGUAGUUGUCAUUCUUAAGUAAAGUUGAACAGUUACUGUAAUUUCCAGUUAACACAAAAUAUGACGUUUUCCAACUCGUCUUUGUCAAGGGCUGGACAAUGCACUGUUUCUGUGUCGCCACGUUUUGUAUAUAGAUCAUGUGACUCUUUGAGCAGUGGAUCAUAAACUCAGUAUGAUCAUAGAUGAGGUAAUUUUGACACAUCUUAAUGUUUCAUCGGAUGUUGUCCUUGACAAAGUUGAAAAUUUGGAUAAGGGCAAUUUUUGUUGGGAAUAACAAUUCAACUCAACAUAAACUUUAAAGUUAACAUGUUAGUUAAUACGUAUACAGUAAAUGCUUUUAAGUUUGCAGGGAUUUAAUUUGGUGGUAGUUUUAAGUUCCCGGUAGCACCAUGCACUGUAAUCGCUUACUGCAAUGGA